AUGUCUCGAAAUUUUCACAGCAAUCAGUUCGAGUGUCAAUUCCGGCCCGUGGCGCUGUGCAAUUGGGAAGUGCCAAAGAACAAUGUGGUGCGUCCACUGCGGCGCCGGGGCUCCACGAAAAUCAUUGCCAAUGACCGCGGCCACCUGCUGAAGCACUCGCGCGCACUCAUCAAUCGCACCUCAUCCGCGGCACCGCAAGGCACAGUGCACAAGAAAUCUAACGGACAGUGUCCCAAUUCCAGCGACAAGAGAAACUCCCUCCCGGAAAUCGUGGGUGAAUCGCAGACGCGACAGAAAUCCGCCAGUCCGAUCGAUCACGCGGCCGGGAAAUCGCUUCCCGCGGCCGCAGAGUCGCCUAAUCCCACAGAGGCGAGCAAUCACGAGAGUGGGUGUGGGAAGAACUCCAUCGCUCCGCUGCCGUGCAUAAUCCAAGAGGCCACCAAGGCGGACGACAGCAACUGCGUUCUGUUGAAGGACGCCAAGAGCGCCAAGGAGAAGGAGGAAGAGAUCCGCGCAGGAUCUCCCGAGAUGGAUGCGACAUACUGCAAUUUCCUGGUGGCCAGGAAAAUGGCCCAGGAGAAUCUCGAGCACCAGCCGCUACCCGACGCUGUGAUGGAUUGCGCGUACAGGAAGUUGCAAGCAGGCGGAGAUCUCCAUCCAGGACUCGCUCUGGACGUCAUUCCUCUGGCCACAGGCGUGGGCGUGAAAAGCUACAAAGCCGGCCCGACGCAGUGCACAAAGAUGCGCGUUUAUCGGCCCAAAACAUGCGGCGUGACACCGCAGCCCCUGGACAAAGCCGCUCUCGGCUACCGGCCGCACUCGUCUAUCACAAUCAAAGAUAAAAUGGGGCCCAUGGACUUGGCCAUUUGUUGGGAUUAUCGCCCAAGUGAUCCACGAGACGAGCCGCCGCGUCCCACGCACAUCGACGGCUCGAAUGGUUCCGUUGCGCCGGCGGUAUUCACGCUGGUCAAGACGCCUCGCGACAACACUCCUCUGGCUACGGGCCGCUCGGGAGGAGUUUUCUCUAGCACGAUGCGCGAGGAGGGUUUCUUCGACAAGGACGUGCUGAAGCAGAAGACGGAAAUAAAGAACGCCAGCAUUCUGGGACGCACUUGUUGCUGUGGCGAAGGAGGAAAUCGCAGCCGGAGCGCUCUGACCAUGAAUGUCCCAGCUGAUCACUCUCUCAGUCGCCCGAAGAGUGUCUCCAGAUCGGUAGAUCUGCAGCAAUCUAAGCCGCUAAGUCGCACAUACAAGAGCUCUCCGAAUCUCGUGGAAUUGGCCGAGAGAGCGCAGAAUGAGUGUGAACUGGUGUGCAUCAAGCACACGCCGAUCCUUGUGGAGACCAAAGUGAGAUCCUCCGCCAAGCCUCAGCGUCCGAUGCGACUGUGUGAGUACACGAAGGCUCAGCAGGCGCAGCAGCAGAACAAGAAGAUGACGAGGAGUGAUUCGGAUAGUGGCUGUGGCCAGAGCAUCUCGUCCAACGGCUCAGAUAAACACGCCCGGGCGAGGAAGGGCAUUAAGGUGCCGAAGCCGCGAGAUCCCUAUGCGAAGAAAAAUUACAAUAUCGACACUCUGGCGCCGCCGUUCGCUUGUUGGCGCGGCGGCGCUGGUCAGGGCGGCUAUCCGGAGAUUUGGCGUCUCGCCAGCGUGUACCAGCACGCCUACAAGCCUAUUGAGCAGCGCAAGAGAGCCCUUCUGGCCACGGUCUAUCAGUAA